UGUGAUUCAGUGUCAAAUCUUGCCAUCGAAACCUAGCCUCUUAUUGUUGAAGCUGGUCUGGAAUGGAACGACUGGAUUAAUGUUUGAAUAUUUAUAGGAUCAAAAGUGGAAGUAAGCCGGGUAGCUCUAUCACUGGAUUUGGGAUUCGACCUGCUCUGCUCUGGGUGAGAGUCACCUCUCACCACAUCAUGAUCUCUGAACACUGCGGGCUUGGACUGAUUUAUUCUACUGGAUUCAAAUGAAGCACUGAUGUCGGCCAGGUCUCUCCUUUAGCUCGGUUAAAGUGUGCGAGAAGCAAAGUGAGUGCAGUAAUGAGAAGUCGGAAGAGAAGGUAGCGGAGCCAUGGAGAGGCGCACAGGGCCUGUCCCAGGUGAAAAACCACCUUUAGCCCCUAAACCAAAGUUUAUUCCACCACCAAAAACAGUUUCCCAACCACUUAACCUGGACCAUUCCCAACCACCAAUAAACACUGUGCAAUCUGCACGUGUGUCACAGCGAUGUCUUUCUAAACCCCUUACACCAGAAUGGAAACCUGUUGCUGUUUUCACCAGUGAGUAUCAGUCACAUUUUCAGCAACAGUUGGACAAUGUUCAGGGUUUACUGCAUUCCCAACUUAAGUCCAAGUCUGAGAUUAAUUCAGGUCAACCUUCAGCCACCACUCCUUACAAAGUACGUGAGUUUUCAGGUGACCAACUAAUGCCACUGCGAGUAAUCUAUGGCCAGAGCUACGGGACUGUAAAAAACAAUCUGAAUCUUGCAAAUGGUUCUGGAGGUUCCGAAAGAAAUUCAACCGACAUACCUCGUGCUGCUCAAAUUUUUUCACCAACUGGAUUGCAACCCAAAUCUGCAGAGUCUAAACGAGUCCUAUUAAACAGCACACAGCGUAGACACUCUGCUGAUGAACAAAAUGGCCAUUCAACCUCCAUUCCAUUUCCUGUUCAAAAGGCCUCGCCAAUCCUUGGGCAGAAUAAACCAAAAAGCAGCCAUGUUGAACAACCAGAGAAGCCUGACCUCACCUCACAGGAGUCAGGAGGAUUUGUUAAGCCACAAUAUAAACCUUUAACAGUGAAAGAGAGUACACUUGGUGUAGUUUACAAAGAAGGAAGAACUGUUUCUCCCAGAAAACAUACUAGAAGUGAGAGGAAAUCCAGUAGUAAACCAGAAACCCAAAAUGAUGAUGUGGAACUGCUGGGGAAUUAUCCACGCUGGAAAGUCCAUUCAUCAGAACAAAAAACAGGCCAGGAUGUGCCUAAUAACAGAACUGAAAGCACAUCAGGAAAAAAAUCUGCCAUUACUUUGAAGCAUAAAGUGAAGUCUUUGACCCAGGCAGACCUGAAUCAGUCAGAUGGCCAGAGGAAGUCAUCCUUCAAAAAGUUAAUGGACUUUGAAUUCUCAGUGAAAAAACUGCCUAAGCUCUUCUCCAAAGGAGGACAAGGUCCAGAGACAACUGCAGGCAAAGAUGAGCAAUCAGUGGACGAGAGCAGGCAGGCAAGCGGGGACCAAAUUCAAAUACCACAAUACAGAACACACCAUGUCAAUGUCCAGCAAGAUGAACGUACCGCUGAGCAUAGUGUUGAUGGAAACAGUGUUGAAAAUGAGCAUCUAUUUGAAGAUGUACUAGAAAAUAUAAAUAUUUAUGUUCCAAAAAGCCCAAGGAUACAAACACAACAAAACCCCACAAUUUGGCAAAGACACUUAACCACCAAAGAGGAAAGAAUGAAUGGAAAAACACAAGUUCUUGGAGAACUCAACACCACAGUGAGUCAGGACCAUAAUGAGAGACAUGCUUAUGAAGAGAUCAUCUUCUCUGAGGAUGCAUGCUCGGAGAGGGAAUUUGAAAGCAGCUCAGACGAAGAAGACGACGACGAAGAGGUAACAACCAGUUCAAGCAAAUGGAAGCAUCAGGACUCCAAGAGGACCAAGUUGUCUCACAUUGCUAAAGAGAUCGUGAGUUCGGAAAAAGUGUUUGUGGAUGUGUUGAAGCUCCUCCAUAUUAAUUUUCGGGAUGCAGUGAUAAAGGCCUCCUUGCAGGCUGGAAAGCCUGUGAUUGAUGAGAGGAACCUCAAUCAGAUCCUGUUUUCACUGCCACAGCUCUAUGAGCUCAACCGGGACUUACUGAGGGAGCUGGAGGACCGCGUAGCACACUGGAAUGAGCACUCUGGCAUAGCUGAUAUCUUUUUAAAGAGAGGGCCAUACCUGAAAAUGUACUCCAGCUACAUCUGCGAGUUUGACAAGAAUGUGGUUCUACUGGAGGAGCAGUGUAGGAAGAGCCCGGCUUUUGCAAAGGCCGUUCAGGAAUUCGAGAGCAGUCCAUGCUGUGCCAAUCUCGCCCUGAAACACUACAUGCUGAAGCCCAUUCAGAGACUUCCCCAGUAUCAGCUCCUCCUCACAGAAUAUUUUGAGAAUCUUGAUGAAGAUGCUCCAGAUUACAAAGAUGCACAAGUUGCACUCAGUAUAGUAAAGGAAGUGGCAAACCAUGCCAAUGAAACCAUGAAGCAAGGGGAUAACUUCCAGAAACUGAUGCAAGUCCAAUGCAGCCUGAUUGGAUACCAUGAGAUUGUGAAGCCGGGCAGGAUCUUAUUGAAAGAGGGUAUCUUGCUGAAACUGUCUAGAAAAGUUAUGCAGCCUCGAAUGUUCUUCUUAUUCAAUGACGCUCUCAUGUAUGCUACAACCCUCCAGUCAGGCCAGUACAAGCUGAACAAUGAGCUCUCUUUGUCUGAAAUGAAGGUCAGUAAGCCAAGUCAAGAAGGAUAUCAGAAUGAGCUGAACAUCGAAAGUGUUGAACGCUCUUUUAUUCUGUCUGCCAGUUCCCCUGCAAGUCGAGACGAGUGGCUUGAGGCAAUCUCCAAUGCUAUUGAAGAUUACACCAAGAAAAUGACCACAUUUCUCCCCUCAAGCAAAGGUCCUGAAGAGGGGGAUAGAGAUAGUUGGGACAGUGUAACCCAACUUGGAACCAAGGCCCCUAUAUGGAUCCCGGACUUGCGGACCACCAUGUGUAUGAUCUGCACCUGCGAGUUCACACUGACCUGGAGGAGGCAUCACUGCAGAGCCUGUGGAAGGGUGGUAUGUCAGGCCUGCUCAGUUAAUAAACAUCCUCUGGAGUAUCUGAAGAAUCGACCUGCACGUGUGUGUGAUCAAUGCUUUGAGAUCCUGCAGCAUAACAGCUCAGGUAACCAGGCACCAGGCAGUGCUCUUUUUUCUCCCACUUCCAAAUCGUUUCACUUUAGAAAACAGAAGAAGAUCCCAGCUGCCCUGAAAGAGGUUUCGGCAAACACAGAUGGCUCAUCCAUGAGCGGUUAUCUGGACAGAAUGAAGGCCAAUAAGAGACAAUGGAAGAGGCUCUGGUUUGUCAUCAAGGAUAAAGUGCUGUACACUUACGCUGCCAGUGAGGACGUAGCAGCUUUAGAAAGCCUGCCUCUCCUCGGCUUCUCUCUCACGGAAGAUGAUCCCGAAUCAUCUCAGCAGUUUCAGCUUUACCACAAAGACAAGAUCUUCUACAUCUUUAAAACUGAUGACCCCCAUAUCUACAACAGAUGGGUCAAAGCUUUCCAUGAAGCCGUGGUUCUGUAGCCUGUGGAUUCACUACUGCUAACGUUAACACAGGUUCCUGUGGCAAAUCGCAGACAUCGCACAAAAUGUGUGCAAUACAAGUCCAGUGUGUCUUAAAAUAAACUUGUGAAUUAUGUUUUUUGGUUUUUUUAAUUCUAUUUUAUUCUGUCAUGUAAUACCAUACUGUCUUAGGCUAUAGUAGCAGAAGGAAUGUUUGGUUUUACUGUGACUAUUUUUCAAUGCAAACUUCUUCUCGUUGUUUUAAGUCUACUGACAUGUAUAUAUUUUAAUAUAAGGGUUUCGUUGUAGUUCAAAAAAACCUUUAUUUUGCUUGUAUUUAUAACUC